AUGACGGUGAUGAUGAUGAUGAUAAUCGUAACAGUAACGGUAAUGGUAAUGGUGACAAUAAAAGUCGGUAACGGUAACGCUAACAAUAUCGAAAACGGUAAUAGGGACGGUGAUAGUAACGGUGACGGUAAUAGUGACGAUAACGAUAAUAGUAACGAUGAAGGUGAUAGUAACAAUAUCGAUAAUGGUGACAGUAGCGGUUACGAUAACGGUAAUAGUGAUGGUAAUGGUGACAGAAACGGUGACAGUAAUGGUGACGGUAACGAUGACAAUAACGAUGACGGAGAUGGUGAGGAUAAAGAUGACGAUAACAAUGAUGAUAACGAUGAUGGUAACAGUGACAAUAACGAUGACAGUAAUGGUUAA